AUGACCUUAUUGUCUUUAUCCCACAUUACUCAACAGCUGAAAAGCACCAUCCUCAGCAAAGCACAUGUAACAUCAAGCAGUGUAGCAGCAGCCAGCAACAACAGAAAGAGCACCGAGGACAUUGAUCUAAAUCAGCCUGUUGUGCUCUAUCCUCGUCGCAUCGAUAGAGAUAAGAUAGCUACCGAUAUCAUCCACAACAUUGGCGCCACCAAAGUAAAUGCAUCAGCAAAGGCGGCAUCGGCUACCUCUGGCUUAAGCAUGCCCGUUACACCGCAUUAUGUUGCUCCCCGAGCGCCCAUUGUAUUAUGUCAUGGGCUGUAUGGUUUCGACAAGCUGGGCCCCGAUGCACUGCCUCUGCUGCAAGUUCAAUAUUGGGGUGGCAUUGAAACCGAAUUGGCUAAACUCGGUGCCAAAGUUAUUGUUACCAAGGUACCUUCCACAGGCAGUAUUUGGGAUCGAGCACAUACACUUCACUCUAUUCUCAAGUCAAUACUGGAUGGGAGAGAUGUGAAUUUUGUGGCACAUUCAAUGGGCGGCUUGGAUUGUCGAUAUUUGAUCUCACAUAUACCGGACAGACCGUACAAGAUCAGCUCGCUUACCACAAUAUCAACGCCACACAGAGGAUCGCCUGUCAUGGAUUGGUUUCGAGAUAAUGUGGGUGUAGGCAUGGCUGGUGCAUUAGUGGCAGCAAUAGAGAAGAUCAACCAACAAAAAGUACCUCCAGAGCUGUUAUCGCCUGAAUUGAAAAAGACAUUACUAGAGAAAUCCAAUAAUACUUCAUCGCCAUCCCUUACAUCAUCACUGAGCUGGUCUCUUUUAGCAGAGUUUGCCAAAUCACCCAAAGUCAUGAAACAGUUGAUUCGAUUAGUGGAUACAGAAGCUUAUGCGAACCUCAGCACGGACUAUUGCAAAAACUACUUUAACCCAAAUACACCCAACGAUCCAAGCAUCUCUUAUUAUUCGUAUGGAGCAAACGCAUCUUUUCCUGCCUGGUCGUUACUGAAUUUGCCGUCCAAGUGGAUCAAGGAAAAGGAGGGUAUGAAUGAUGGGCUCGUGAGCGUGGAAAGUGCCAAGUGGGGUACUUAUAUCAAGACAUUGCAGGCGGAUCAUUGGGAUUUGAAUGGACAAAGAUAUAGAUGGAAACACACAAGACCUUUUAUAGACAAAACCAGAUUUGAUACAAUAGACUUUUACAUGGAAAUGGCGACACACUUAUACCAACAGGGCCACUAG